CGCUCCUGUCCCGGAACGCUGCGGGACCCCCAUUUCGUUUCCACCCCCAUUUCCUUGCCCUCCAUCCAUGACCCGCUGGGCGCGGCGGAACGUCCCGCCCGGGGCGAGAGCGCUGGACGCGACCCCUUGGGAAGAGAUGGGGGGACCGGGAAAGGAUGAGGAGGAGGAGAAGGGGAGGAGGAAGAGGAGGAAGAAGAAGGAUUAUGUGAGCGAGGACGUGAACGGGUUCUUGGCACACCGGAAGCAGCAGCAGCAGAAGGAGGAGGAGGAGGCGCUGCGGAAGGACCGGCGGCGGGAGAGCAGGAGGGUGAGGAGGCAGGAGAGGAGGAAGAACGCCAUGGUGUGUUUCCACUGCAGAGAACCUGGGCAUGGCGUGGCUGACUGUCCUGCAGUCCUGGAAAGCCAAGACAUGGGGACUGGUAUCUGCUACCGGUGUGGAUCCACGGAACACGACAUCAGCAAAUGCAGAGCCAAAGUGGAUCCAGCCACUGGGCCAUUUCCAUAUGCAAAAUGUUUCAUCUGUGGUGAGAUGGGGCACCUGUCAAGGUCGUGUCCAGAUAAUCCAAAAGGAUUGUAUGCUGAAGGUGGAGGCUGCAAACUUUGUGGGUCUGUGGAGCACUUCAAAAAGGACUGUCCAGAGAAACAGAACACAGACCAUCUGACAGUUGGGCGAUGGGUCGCUGGAAUGAGCGCAGACCAUGAGGACGUCACUGAAGCACCAAAUCUGCAGAAGCCAAAAGCCAAAGUACCCAAAGUUGUGACUUUUUGAAGGUCUCUUAGCUCUUCACUGCUGCUUUGCUGCAGAAGAGUGGCUACAGAGAGCUGUUCCAGAAAAUCAAGCAGACUGCUGCUGAAUUGUUAUUUUUUUUGUGUCCCUUCAUUUUUCCAGUUUGCCUCCUAGAUUCCCCUAGCUCCCUGAAAAGCUAGGAACAACAGAAAUACAGCAAGUGGAUAUUUUACUAAAGGGAUUCUGCGUAUUUUUUAAAGGUUCUUGUUGGGUUCCGGCUUGGUUUUGCCUUCUCCUUUUAGGAAUAAUCGAUUUAUUCCUCUAUAUGUGCCAGCUUGGCACAUACGUAACUUCUUGUGGUGAAGUUACAGGUAAACUCUACAGCCUGUUGAGCUUGGAGGUGCAAUUCCUGCUACUCGUGGUUGUAAUUAACAAUCAUUAACUUGACUGUGCACGUUGGAUUGUUUAUUUGUUCACUAACAGAAACAGAAUCACGCCCUGCCUUUGAUAGCUCUGGUGAAAAA